UUCUCCCUCCUUCCUCUCUCACUCUCUCACUCUCUCCGCCAUGUCUUUCGCUUCUGCGCACCUGUUCAAGCCGUUGUCAAUGGCAGACGGCUGCCUCACCUCUCCUUCAACCCUCUACGCUACCAAGGCCGCUUAUCCAUUUAUCGCUCUCCCUGCAAAACCUAUAAAACUCCUUCAACUCACCUGCUUGUCUGCCUCUUCGUUUCCUUCUUGGCAAUCUCUGAAGAAGAAGAAAUCUCCAUCAACUGGGAUUUCUUUUGUGUCACAGACCUCAGGCUGGGCUCAACAAGAGGAAAAAAACGAAGUUGCGGAAGGGGAGUUAGACUGGGAGAAUCAGCAGAGCGAGGAGACAGAAGGGAGCGAGGUUGAAGUUAGUGAAGUAAGCGCUGGAGAUGGAUUUGUUGCAGAGGAGGGAGAAGAUGGUUACCCAGAGCCACCUGAGGAUGCCAAGCUGUUUGUUGGCAAUUUGCCGUUUGAUAUGGACAGCGAGAAGUUGGCUCAACUCUUCGAUCAGGCUGGAAUUGUCGAGGUUGCCGAGGUAAUUUACAACCGGGAAACAGAUCGAAGUCGGGGCUUUGGUUUCGUGACGAUGAGUACCGUGGAAGAAGCGGAAAAAGCUGUUGAAAUGUUCCACCGUUACGAUGUAAGUGGCAGGCUUUUGACUGUGAACAAGGCUGCUCCGAGAGGAUCCCAGCCAGAACGACCCCCUCGAAUGUUUGAACCUUCUUUCAGGAUCUAUGUAGGAAACCUGCCAUGGCAAGUGGAUAAUGCUCGUCUGGAGCAGGUUUUCAGCGAACAUGGCAAGGUUGUGGAUGCCAGGGUUGUAUAUGACCGGGAAACUGGACGGUCACGUGGGUUUGGCUUCGUAACAAUGGCCUCACAGUCUGAGUUGGAUGAUGCCAUUGCUGCUCUUGAUGGACAGAGUUUGGAUGGGAGGGCCAUCAGAGUGAAUGUUGCAGAGGACAGACCAAGGCGUGGCUCCUUCUGAUUUAG